UGAUCUUUCUGCAGUAUGGUAUCUUCGCCGUCCCCAAUGAGCACGACAGAGACCUCGCCUACGGCGACUAGCCCAUCAGUGGUACCUGCACACAAUGGGUCCGCUGCUGCCGCUGUUGCUGCAGAGCAGCCGGCUGCAGCGGCCCCUGCGCCUCAUGCCAAUCCAAAGGUGGCCGAACUUCAGGUCAUGUUCCCCACUAUCGAAGUAGAGGUGAUCGAGAUGAUUUUGGAGUCGUGCGGAGGAUCACAGGAUCGAGCCAUUGAGCAACUACUAUCUAUGACGGACCCUGAGUUCAAGCCUGACGAGCUUGCACAUAGUCGUCAAGAGGAGGCAUCCCAGGUCGACCUCGAUGCGGAGUUUGCCAGAUCCUUGCACAUGCAAGAUGAAGAGAGGAUGCGACAAGGCGGUCGGGCUCUUCCGUAUCAACCUCGCGUCAGGACUCGACCUUUACCAGGGGAUGGUCAACAAGCGUAUUUCAAUCCGACGACGGCCGGUGCGCCGCCGAGAGAUGAGAAUCCGCCCGGCAUGUUGGCGAUGGAGGAUAAGCUGAAUCAAUAUGCAGAGAUCGGCAAGCAGACAUUCUCCUCCAUUUUCAACAAGGCAAAGGCAAAGUAUUCUGAACUUCAGCAGACCGCAGCUGCCAACACGGCUGCGCGAGAAGAAUCGGAUAGACAGCGAGUGGGACAGGAUCGUAUGGGAGCCAGUUGGAGAAGUCCCUCUCCGCAAGGAUACGGGACACCUACACCUGGUGGAGCUAGAGGGGGUCAGCAGAACACUAGGGGAAUGUGGGCUGAUGACUCGUCCUCCUUCUCCUCCCAAUCGACCGAACCUGCGCCAAAAGCAGCGAGAUGGCAGCCAUCUGACGCUUAUGACGACCCGCUGCCUGCCAUACCUCCCACCAACAAGAUAGAAGUUACGGGCCGUCGAAGUCCAGCGGCGAUGGAGAAGCCCGCAGCUCCUUCUGGCAAGAUUGAUCCAGCUAAACUCGGUAUCCUACCGAAGAAACGGGUCGACCUCUUAUCGACCUCUCCCCCAGCAAAUCCUUCGAUGGAGCAGGAAGAAGAUGAUCCCAACCCGAGCUUACCAUCUGCCACAAAAUCUAUUGUGAAUCAGAUUCCCAAGACCCCUCCGGCGGGAUCAUCGACCUAUAACGGGGACAGUGACGACGAUCUUGAGUACACCAAGUGAGCACACCCACAGUGGGCACGAGCUGAUAUCAGGAAUCCAUUUGAUGAGAGAUGAGC